CAUACUUGUUGCGAGUUGUGACUGGUCUUGUGCAGAGCCUCUCUGUGUGCUUCAUCUCUCUCUUCCCCUCCCAACCAAAAAAACAAAAGGGAAAAUUCCUGUGUGGUUUUGCUCAUGUGGGUUUUGUGCUGGAGGAAGGGGAAGAAGGGGUUAUGCUCGCGGAGAUGAAACCCUAGUGGUCGUCUUCCGCUGCUCGGCUCCGUGAGGAGAAUCGCGGGGAAGCAUCCGUGACGCUGCUACUCACCAUCGCCGCUCACGGUGACCUACUUUGCAGCUCGUCCUCCGCCGUGCCUCCCGCCGCUCGUCGCCGGCUUCUAGUUCACCACCGCUUCCACCUACAGAUAUCUAGCAACUUCGCGAGGGGAAGCUGCCGGCGGCUUCCUUGUGGUUUAUAGAGGUGUCUAAGUGAACAGAUAACAUUGCAAUUGUUGUGUACGACCAUAUGGCUGAGAAUGAUGAUGAAGUUAGUUCUGACAGCAUUGAUUUGAUUUGUGCCUUAUGUGACAAUGGUGGUGAAAUUGCAAGCUGUGAAGGCAAGUGUCUGAGGUCGUUUCACGCGACCAAAGGUGCUGGCGAAGACUGCAAAACCUUGGGCUACACAACGGUUCAGUUUGAUGCAAUUAAAGUGUUCCUAUGCAAGAAUUGUGAACGUGAAAUAUAUCAAUGUUUUGCUUGUCAUAGAUUGGGUUCAGCAAAAACAAAUCCUCCUGAGGUGUUCCCAUGUGCUUCACCAAAUUGUGGUCACUUUUAUCAUGCUAAAUGUGUUGCACACUUACUCUUCCCUGAAAAUGAAGCAAAAGCAACUGAGUACAUGACAAAGAUUGUGAAUGGGGCAAAAUUUGGAUGUCCAGUCCAUAGAUGUGAUGUUUGCAAAUAUGGUGAAAAGAAGGAGGUUGAAGCGCUGCAGUUUGCGGUUUGCCGGCGGUGCCCGAAGUCCUACCACAGAAGAUGUUUGCCAAGGAAAAUUUCCUUUGAUGACAUUAUAGAGAAUGGUGUUUGUCAUUUCCAAAGGGCAUGGGACGGCCUUCUGCCGAAUAAUCGCAUAUUAAUAUACUGCAUGAAGCAUGAUAUUGAUCCAAAGCUUCGAACUCCCCUGAGAGAUCAUAUUAAGUUUCCUGGUGAUCCUGCCCUCAGCAGAAAACCCAGCAAUGUAAAUAGCAUGAAGAGGGUUAAGAUACGGCGCCUUGAGGAAUGCGUCGCUGAGGAGUGCGUCGCUGUCCCAUUGUCCAAUAGCAAAAGAUCUUUCGGUACAACAACCUGUUCUUCCUCUAGCAAUUUGAUAGCUAAAAGGAUGAAAGCUCCUGAAUCUGGAGGUGCAAAAGCUUGUUACCGAAGGCCUGUAUCGGGGGAAAAAGCAGUUACGUCAGUGAUCCCUGUCAGUUCAUUCCCCGAGGUUGACAUAAACACUGCGAGGAGGAUUUAUGAGUUUGCACAGAAAACUUCAUCGGAGAUAACUAUUGAGGAUGUACAAAAGAAGCUAGUGGUUUCAUCUACGUACACAUCAUUUAUGAAGAAUACCGAUACAAUUACAUUGGGAAAGGUGGAAAAGUCUGUUGAGGCGAUUAGAACUGCUCUACAUAUGUUAGAAAAUGGUGCCGGGAUAGAAGCAGCCAAAGGUGUUUGCACGCAGCAUGAUCUUUUCCAACUUGCAAAGUGGAAGAACAAACUGAACAUAUAUCUUGCACCGUUUCUUCAUGGCAUGCGCUAUACAUCUUAUGGGCGCCAUUUCACGAAAUUGGACAAGCUUGAGAAGAUUGUAGAUAAGCUACAAUGGUAUGUUCAGAGUGGUGAUACGGUCGUUGACUUCUGCUGUGGUUCAAAUGAUUUCAGCACGUUAUUGAAGGAAAAGCUUGAAGAUUCUGAAAAAAAUUGCUUCUACAAAAAUUAUGAUCUCAUUCAGCCGAAGAAUGACUUCAAUUUUGAGAGACGAGAUUGGAUGACUGUUCAACCAGAUGAAUUACCUGCAGGAUCACGAUUGAUCAUGGGGUUGAAUCCUCCUUUUGGGUUUAAAGCUUCUCUUGCAAACCAAUUCAUCAACAAAGCCCUAAGUUUCAAGCCAAAGCUGAUAGUUCUUAUUGUUCCCAGGGAAACUGAAAGGUUGGAUAAAAAAUACCCACCGUAUGAGCUAAUAUGGGAAGAUUCUAAUCAGCUCUCAGGAAAGUCAUUCUAUUUGCCUGGAUCGUUUGAUGCUGAUAACAAGCAGAUGGAACAGUGGAAUAUGUCGCCCCCUCCCCUUUCUCUAUGGAGCCGUAGUGAUUAUGCGCAGAGACAUUAUGAGAUUGCUAGAUCAAAGGGGCAUCUUUGCAGCAAAAACCCUUGCUCUGGUGAUUCACAUAGGAACAUAGCAGAUAUUGCAUCUGUGAGCACCACAAGGAAUCUGGAAAUUGGCAAUGCGGACAUCAAUGACGAAGAGAUGCAAGGAGAGAGACCUGCAACAGCCUCUGUUAUAGAACAGUUGUUGGCUGAUACGUACCAUGAUACCACUAGUUCUCCAGGUGACUAUUGGACAGAUACCAAUGGCCGAUCAGGGCAACCUUGCAAUUAUGACAUCCCAGGAAGAAAUGACCCCCCGGCCCAUGAUUAUGUUGCAGACAUGGCUACUGAAUCUGACAUGAGCAUUUCAUCGUCAGACCGAAGCGAUUGUCAAAAAGAAAGCCAAAAUGUGUCAACCUCUGAUCAAGGGUGUGUUGGUCCACAAGACUGCAAUCAUUCUGGAAGUGUAUCUGCUGAGCACCCAACUGAUACUGCUGACUGUGACGAGGUAACAUCUUCACCCAAACAUGCUGCUGGAGUUCGAUACCAAAUCCUGGAAGACUCUCCACUUGAGGAGGAUCCGGGAGACGGGCUUUGGGGACAGCAGAAUGAUUUGCUGCAUUCAGAUAGGCAUGCAGCUGGUGCUCAGUUUCAGAUUAUAGAAGAGUCAUGUCCUGAAGCAACUGUUCCUCAUGGCGAUUUGGGUGCUGAGAUCCUGCCACCAAGAAACACCUUACCAGGACUGCAGUUUACAAGUGCACCGUCGUGGCACGGAUGCUUGGUGCCCCGUGAAGUUCUGUCGCAGGGCAUCCCGACCUUGCAGCAAGGGCCGUCCUAUGGUUGGCUUGAGAAGUAACAUUAACCAAGUCAAGAUGACGCACCAUCUUUUGCUAGCAAUCGCUGAUUUGACUGUCGUGUUUUAACCUGGUCAGGAUGUGGAGGGACGAAAAAUAGAACGUCUCUCGUCGUGGGUUGAAGUGUAGGGGAUACUAAGCUGCUCACCUGCCUCAGUUUACAUGCGUGGACUUCUUUUUGUUUAACGGCCAGCUUUAGAAUAUGCUGAGGUGUUGUGAGUACUAAUUUUGAACUGAGGUUGAAUCGAGUUGUCACCGGCUCACUGCUACAAUUUUCCUUGCCUUCGUGUUUGUGAAUAUGUGCUUGUGAAUUGUGGUUUCUGUUCUUCCCA